CUCUGUAAUACUAGAAUGUCAUAACUGUUGUCUUUUAUUAGUUCAUACUUCCAAUGUAGUUUGCUCCCACUCUAGCUCAUUACUUUUCAUUUUCUUCUCUUGUCAGUUUGACAUUAAUAAAUAUGAAGUCUGUCUUAGCAGAAUAUUACAAACGUCUAGAUGUGUUUUCUUUAUUUCUCCAAGAUUUUCUCCAAUUUUCAGUACAAUUUCAACAGUCUAGAGAAAGUCGAGUCCUUUACAGAAAUAAUAUUGUCAUCUGUUACGGCAAUAAACAAUAAAAUUUUUAACUAUCAAAAGCUCACAUCGGCAACCUGGCCAUCUGUCAACUAUGGCCAAGGCACGAAACAACCCCAUGAAGCAAGAAGGAGCGAAGCGAGAAGACCGCUGCGAAAACGACAAACAAACGUUUAUGUUCUUAUUUUUUUCUUUUGAUUUUGUCCACUAUUUUUAAAUAAAUAAAGUGCUUUUUCAUAA